AUGUCCAGUCUUCACAAUCAGAUUGACAAAAAGUUUAGGGUGGAACCUCAAGAGAUCCAAGAUGAAGUUAUGCACAUCCAUAAUGAGCAACAUACCAGUAGGAAGAUGCCCCCCACUGAGAGUGAUGAUGAAAUCAGUGCUGAUGUUGAUGCUGAAACAUGUAGAAGCUGGUCCUUGUCAGUUCUGAUGGGUGGGCCAGAUCUGGCAGACACUGAGGAGCAGUGUGUGGUUGCAAGCCUUCACAUCAGGAAGAAUAGAUGUGGACUUAAUUUUGCAGAGUCUUACCAUCACUUUGACUCCACUGUGGUGCAAGCAUAUGUGGAAUUCCUUGACUCCAAGCUUUCCUCCUCCAUCAGCAAGAAAACAGGCCACAACAAGGGCAGUGAUGCAAAUGAUGGUGCUGAUGUCAUGAAGGGUGACAAUGAUGAUGAGCAUGACAACCACAGGAACAUGGAUGACAAAGAUGACACUGACAUUGGUGAGGGUCAGGAAGGUAAUGAUGCAGGCAUUGGCAAGGACAAUGAAGGGGAUGAUGUGGAUUGGUGA